AACUGAAACUUCUAUACAAACAUUUUAUAACUAAUCUAUUAUUGAAUACAUGAUAUAGAUAUUUAUUUUCAUGAAUUAAUUAUUGGUAGUGGUCUUUAUUUUCCACCAAAACAAAAAAAACAGGACCCUAAAUUCCUGGCAUAUAUGGAAAAACUGCGUGCUGAACAACAGGAACGAGAAUAUAAAGAAAUGGUAGCAAACGUUGUCUCUUCAGACGAUCAAAGAUUUAAUUUAGGAAUCAAGCCUAAUGAAUUGAAAGAAAUCAACAGUCAUAUUGCAACGAUCUUUAAUAUUUUAUUUUCAAUGAUUGCUGUUUAUGCAGCCGUAUAUAAAGUAUCAAAAUCAAUCGUAAAUGAUUUUGGUUUGCAAGUAUUGUUUGGUUUAGGUGGUGCUUUUAUAAUAGGAAUAGUUGAGGUCAUUCUGUAUGUUAAAUAUGUAUCUACUGCUACUUUUAAAAAGAAAAAGACAAAAAAGGAAAAAAUGACGAGUAUCUAAAAUGGGUUGCUACUAGAAGAAGAGAUAGAGAUAUGCUUAUGUAAUACGACUGAACAUCCUUAUCUAUUUUAUCACAAUGAUAUCAUUUUUAUAAGAUUAAAUAUUU